AUGUUUAGGUUAAAAUUAGAUUAAACUUCUCAAAAAUGCCUAUUUAGAUCAAGCUCUUCUCUUGUGUGCAAACUUUAUAGCCCAAAGGAAUCAAUGCAAUAUUAACUAGUAUUAAUUCAAUUUAAAGAAAAUAUACUCUACAUUCUCUAUUAAUAUAUCUAAGUUUUAGAUAUUCUACUAGUAGAUAAUUAGCCAUUUAGUGAUUAUGAUGAUAUAUUUUAAGUGUACUUUACUAAAGCUCUGCCUUAAGCAUCUUCGCUUAACUCAUUAAGAGUAAAAAUUGACGAAGAUUCUAAUUUUACAUAUAGUUACUUCACUUCUCAAUAUGUAUUUGAUUAGAUAUGUGUGACUUAAUACUAUCUUUAAAAUGAAUACAGAUAAAUCUAUGGAUGCUAAAAUGGAUUCACAGGAGACAUAUUCUUUUAACAAUAAAAAGACUACCCUGCAAAAAAACUGAUUAGCAUUAAAAAUUCUAAAAAUAGUGUUUUGCUUCAAAGUUUAUUCAAAUUGAUAAUUUAUGGAGAUAACUCUCUUGAAAUAUUUGAUUACAAAAACUUUUAAUCCUUGCUUAUUUUUGAAUUUUAAGAAGAUGAACAUAUAAUCUAACUACUCGAAAUAGGUUAUCCUUUUGAAUAUAUAGUGAUUCUCACGUCUAAAAUGUUAUAUUUUGUUGAAUAGAAUGAUAAAAGUUUAAAAAUAUUUAAGAGUAUCUAACAAAAUGAAAAUUGGCGUUAAAUAAUCUACUGCUAAGAGGAGUAGCUAAUGCUUUUAUCAGGCAAAGAUUUGAGUUUAAUAGAUUUUAAAAACGUACAAUUAAAUGUUUAGAUAAUCAUUUAAGCUCAAAAUGGUAUAUUACACUAUUGCCAAGCAAUAGAUAAGAAGAUUGCCUACUGUCUACAAGAAGAAAAAGGCUAAUAUUUAAGAUAAAAAUUAUAUUAAUUAUCUUUUGAGGAUUUAAGUGUUUUUGGAGACUAAAUCUUUUCAAUUAAAAAUUUUAAGCAAAUAAAAAUAAUAGAAGAUUCAAUUUAUGCAGUAGAAGGAGAUGAAGUUAUAUUGUUAUCCAUAUCUUAUAGUGAAAUUUUUUUUUCUUUAAAAUUUGAUUUGCCAAUCGAAGAGUAUUAUAUAAUUGAUAAAAACAUAGCAGUUGUUUUUACCAAAAAGAAUUUUUACAUUUUGGACAUCUAAAAGAAUACCUACAUUCAAACCUAGAAUUUGGCUGGUUCCUAUAUGGGUUCAUAUUUAAUUGACUUAAUAUAUGAACAAAAUGUUGCUCUUAUUAUUAUUUACACAGAUAACAUAUCUAAUGGAUUGGCUUAAGUUAUUAACGUAUACACUGGAUAGGAUUUAGGGUAUUUUUAAUAAAGUAUUUAAGACACCUAUAUCACAGAUAUUUAGUUUGAUAAAAUAUCUUAUCUUCUUUUCAUCAAGCUUUCAAAUGGAAUUGUAUAAUAAUUUAAUCUUAAAUUAUCUUGGUUUUAAGAAACAACAUAUUUUCACCCGAUUAUGAAUGAUUAAUCAAUGAAUUAAGUCAAACUAUAAAAAAAUAUGAUCGUUGAUAGUAAUUUCAAUCGGAUAAUACUUAUAUUUGAUACAUUUUUUUUAACUUUUGAGAUUGAUUUGAAUAGUUCUAGGCCUAGCUCCUACACUUAAACUCCAUUUAAGUACUAUCAACAAUUAAUUGAAUAAGAUUUAAGCAGUUCAUAAUUAUAUAAAAAUGAAUUUUAUUUAGAUAGUAAUAAUGUAAUUUGGAUGUAUAAAGAUGAUGAUUUGAUUGAUUUUUUGCACUUCAAAGAUGAGGUCAAGCACAUUGAAUACUUAUCUAGUCGUUAAGGAAGUAAAAUAAUAAAACCUUCAAAUUUUACUCUUUGCUUAUUUACAGAACAAUAAAUUUAUUUUGUUAACGAUCAAAGUGAAAUUGACCAAUAUUCAUUAUCUUUUCAUACUAAAUAUAUACUUAAAAUUAAUGGGGUAAUAUAUGCAUUAAACAAUAAUAACUGUUUAUUGAUUCUCUCAAAAGAUCUAGUUGCUACUUAUUUUUAAAUAAAUGCUGUAAGAAUAGAGUAUAUUAUUUACAUAGAAGAAAUAGAUAGCAUUCUAUUUGAAGAUAUGAGUAGUAAAAUUAUUCUUUACAAUAUAUAAAAAAAUACUUAAGUAUAUACAAAUUAUGAUUCACUAUAAGCAAAAUGUUUAAAUAUUAGUUUUAAUUAAAAGUAAAUAUAUUGCUUAUCAACAAAAAAGUAGCUUAUUAUAUUCAACUAUUCAAAGGAAGAACAUAAAUUUUUAGAUAAAUUUGGUAUUAUUUACUAAUUGAGUGAUAAUGACAUUGAAUCAGAGUUUAAAAUUAACAGAUUAAGUUUUGUUGAAUAUGAUUUUUUGAAUAACAAAGUAUUUUUAGCUUUUGUGAAUUCAAAAUUGAUUAAUGUUUUUUAAUUAGAUAUCAAAUAUGAUUAAGACAAAUAUAUUUAAAGUUUUUCAUUAAAUAAAAUUAAUUAUAUUCUAGCUCCUCACUCUAACUCAAAAAAUAUUCACUUUGUUGGAAAUUAUUUAUUGCUCUAAACAUUAAAUCAGCUGAUAUUAUUAGACAGAUAGACUUAUAACUAUUACGACUCUUUUAAAGUAUCUAUUAGAUAUAAUUAAAUACUUUAAGUAAUUUUCAUAGAUAAUAAAUUGUACAAUUGCAUAGUUUUUAACACAAUGAAUAAAAUAUACAUUGGGAUUAUAGGACAGAAAUAUAACAAAUUUAAUCUUAUCUAUCAAUAAUAGCUUGAAAACUCUAGAAUACUUGAUUACACAGUUUAAGAAGUCUAGUAAAAAAAUGGUCUCUAUGUAAAUUUAAUAUAUGAAACUAAUAGCAUGGUUUAUAAAAAUUCUUUUUUUGUUUACGACACUAUAACUUACACAUCUCACUAUUGCUAUAUUGAUAUAAAUAUGAAAGAUAAUAUUUUUAAAAUAGCCAAACAAGUCUAGAGCAUAAUCUAUAAUCAAAUAAACAAAACCUUUUUUAAUGUUUAAAUGAGUGAUACAUUUAAAUUCUAUAAUCUAAUUAAUAAGUAAUAAAAAGAUAGUAAUUUAAUAUUAACAUAAUUAGAUUCUGAUUAAUAAAACAAAACUUCUAGAUUUGAAAAUUUAAAAUAAGUUAGCAAUAAAAUAACAUUUUCGAUGGAAUAGCUCUACAAUAUAAAAGUUUAACAAUAUAUGCUUUUAUAAUUAACAUUGAUUUUGAAGGAUUUUUAAAAUUACAAGAGAGGUCCAAAAAAUUAAAUCAAAUAAUUUGUCAAGAUAAAAGAUGUCAACUUUAUUGGCUAAUAUAGUGUUACUCAUAAAUCUUUUAUAAUAAAUCAAUCUUAGCUAAAUUUCGAAUUUUUCGAAAGCAUCUAAAUCGAAAACUUAGAAAUAAAAAAUAUAAUUUUGGAUUAAUAUAACCAAUUGACACCUUCCUUUGUUAAGUUUAAAAAUAAUAAAAUUAUUAAUAUUAGAAAUUUAAAGAUAUAAAAUUGUAUACUUAAAAAAGGUAUUUAAAGUUUAAUCUCGUUUAUUGAUAAUAAUUAAAUUAUUAUUUAAAAUAUGCAGCUGUUAAAUAAUACCAUAGAGUUAGAAAGCAAUAAUUAAAAUACUGCACUUAUUUAUAUUUAGUAGCAUUUCUUCUUAGAUAUCAAGUAAUCCUAAAUAUCUUUUAAUAAAGGAAUCAAAUUUUCAAAUAAGACAAUUGAUAAAUAAUUUGUAAUACUAAAUAUUGAAGGAGCUAACAGCUUUUAUUUAACUGACACAAUUAUUUCUGAUAAUUCUGAAUUGAUAAUUAUUCUAUAUAAGAGUUAAUAUGUUUAUGGUGAUAUUUUAUAUAAGAUGAAAAAUGACAAUAUAAUCUUAAGAAGAUGUUAAUUCGAGUUUAAUUAAAUGUCUUUAUUUGACUAAUCUCUCAUCUAAAUUGAAAGUAAUUCUGCUUAUUUUGAUGAAUUAUUGUUCAACAAUAAUACAUGCAUCAAAUGCACACAAGGAAGUAUUCUUUUGAGUUAAGAGAGCUCAAUUAUAGGUAUUGAUAAAUCUAAUUUUACAAACAAUAUUUCAGAAAAAGGUGGAUCUAUUUACUUUUCUCUUGAAGGAGGAAAAGCAUUUAUAAAUUAAACGUUGUUUGAAAAUAAUACUGCGAUUUAUAGUGGAGGUGCCAUUUAUCUUUAUGUAACAAAUGUAUAAUUUUAUCAAACUACAUUUAUAGGAAACAAAGCUUUGAUUGGAGGAGCAAUCAAGUAAGAAAAUCUUUAUAAUGAAGAUUUUGUUUCUUAUUUAAGAUAAAAAAAUAAUUUUGAAUAAAAUUUUACAUUUCUAAAUAACCAGGCACUUGUCUUUGGGAGUAAUAUUGGACUUUUUCCAGCUAUCUUCGAAUUAAAUCUUUUACUGCUGACAUCAAGUGAAGAAACUAUUCUUGAUUAGAGAAAACAGACAUUUAAAGAAAUUUCUGAUAGUGAUCUUUUAGCUUUAGAUAGUGGAUCUUUUGUAAAAGUUUAACUGCUUUUCAAAGAUUUAUCUGAAUAAAUUAUUGAUUUCUAUCCUCCAAAUAUCUCUAACUUAUAGCUUUAGCUCUUAGAUUAAAAAGUAAAGUCUUUAGAUACAAAAAUAGAAUUAAAUGAUGAAUAAAAUAAUUUAUUCUUGGAUGGAGGCCUUUAUGUCAAUUUAAUAAAAGAUUUCAAUAAAGUUGAUAAAAAAGUAUAGUUUGAGCUAAUAUAAUUUUCAGGGAAUUACAACUCAUGCUCAACAUUUACCAUCAGGACUGAAUUAUUUACAGAUAUUUUCUAAAAGUAGCUUGAUUUAAAUAACACAAUCACUAAAAAGGUUUGUUUUAAGACUUGCUCAGAAGGAGACAUUCCCAUUCUACUCCCAAGUGGGAAAAUAAAAUGCAGUAAAUGUUAGCAAGGAUUCUACAACUUAGAAGACUAUUCUCAAUAAAUUGAUAAUAAUUUUAUUUAGCACCUUAAAUCUAACCCACUUAAAUGUAAGCUUUGUCCUGAAGGAGCAAAAUCAUGUUAAGCAAACUAAAUUAUUUUAAAAAACAAUUAUUGGAGAGAUGAUGAAUAUUUAGACACCAUAGUUGAGUGCAACAAUAGAUAAAUUAUGGAUUACUAUCCGUGCCAAGCUGAGAAUCCUAAUUCAAAAAAUUAUUGUGUUGAAGGACAUAUUGGUCCUCUUUGUGAAAGCUGUGAUGUCCUGGGCUAGACUUGGGGAGUUCCUUAUACUAGAAAUAGCAACUAAUCUUGUUAGAAGUGUGGAUCUGAGUUUAUAAUAAUUUUCUAUUUGAUUACAAUAAUAAUUCUAUUUAAUAUAUAUCUAUAUUUCUCUCUAAAAGCAUUUUUAACAACAUAUUAAUUAAAUUCUAUUUACUAUUAUACGAGAAUACUCAAGUUAUUUCCUAUCUCGAACAGCUAAUACAAUAAUAUUGCAGCUUCUCUCAUCAAAUGUUUUAGUAAUUAUUUGCAGAUUUCAAUAAUAUUCGAUGAAACAAGUUAUGAACUAAACUUCUAUCAGUAAAUUAAAAGCUGGCUAGGCUCAACAAGUAAUUCUAUUUAAACAGAAAUGGAUUGCUUAAUAAAAUACUUAAAUUUUAGCAAUGAUAUUUUGCAUAUUAAAAUAAUGGCAACAAUAAUAUUCCCUGUAGCUUGCUGCUUAGCUUAGAUAAUUUUAUUUUGUCUUAUAACAUUUAAAAACCUCAAAUAAAUGAAACACUUCAUGAAAACAAUUUUCAUAGUUAUUCUUAAUUUCUUCUUGCCAUCAUUCCUGAGUUUAUUGACUUAAUCAAUAAGCUGCAUAUAAAUAGGGAAAAAAUAUUACUUGUUAGCAGACUUGUCUAUAGAAUGUCAAAUGUCUGGGUCUAUUUACAUUAUAGUAAAUUAUAUAGUCAAGCCUAUAUUAGCAUUACUUCUGUUUCAUCCUUUUAUAAUAUUUUGGAUACUCAGAAGAGUUAAGAACAAAUUAGAUUAUGUUAUUACAAAAUAUAAAUACGGAUAUUAUUUUCUCGACUACAAAGAUGAAUAUUAUUAUUGGGAAAUUAUAAGACUUUAUUUUAAGUUGUUUAUUGUCAUUAUUUAUAACUUACUAAAAACUAAUGACAAUACAUACUUAAUUAGAAAAACUAUUUCAUUUAGUUUAAUCUAAAUUUAUGUUUACUUUUUAGGAAAAUACCAAAUUUUCAGAAAGUCUUUUAUAUAGAAGAUAGACUACUAAGUAGGUUAAUUUUGCUCACUGGUUUUACUGAUUGAAAUAGUUAAUAAAUUCUUAAACAAGGAUGGAAUCAGACUAGUAGCAUACCUUAUAUAAUUAAUUUUUGGUCUAUACUGCAUUAUAAGAAUUUUGAAUUUAAAAAUAUAAUAACUAAACAGAUAAAAUUCUCCAAAAAUUAUUUCUUUUUUAGAGUCUAUAAUCCCAAAUAAAAUAUUUAAUUGGUGGUUUAAGCAUUUGAAUAGUAAUUUAUAUAGGACUUUAAUUCUAUGGAGAGUGAUUUAUAAUAAUAAAAAAGCAAUUGUUUACAAUAAUAUCACUUCCUUGGAUAAAAUUACAAAAAUAUGUGCAUCUACUUAAAAAUCUAUAAGAGGGACAGGCAUUUAUUCUAAUAAUGAUACUUAUAAUUAUAUAUUUUCUUAAAAAAAUAUAUUAUCAUAAAACUAGGUUUUUAGAAAUAGUUUUAGAAAUUCAGAUUAAAAUUUAGAUUUAAGCCAUAAAAAUAAUGAAAAUAAUUAAUAGAAAAACAAAUUUAAAGUGAAUAGAAAAAAUUUUCAAAAAAAGAAAACUGAAGUUCCUGUUAAAAGAUUGUAUAGAGAUUAAUAAUUAAAGCUAACAAAAGCUUAAUCUCAAAGAGAAAUAAAAAUACAAGGAAAUUUAUGA